AUGCCUGGCCCUGCCUUUCCGACACCCUCGUGGAUGCAAUGCACGGGUUGUGCAGAGCGCACGCCCCUGCGAAGCCUGCUAUCCUUGGAGGAGCAACUGGAGCUUUCCUUCAAUCAGCUGCGCCAUGGUUUGGUCGAGGUACGUGAGGAGCUCUCGAGCCUUGGGACGGAGAUGAUUCCGGUGCUGGAGAGUCCCAGGAUCGAGUCAGUGAGGCUGGGCCCUGAGUUGGAAGAGCCCCUGGUGCUCACCAACUCUUUAAGCCCGGAAGUCUUGGCGGCCGAGAAGCCCUCGGCUCUGGAGGUGCCUUCGGUUCUCGCCAGUCACAGCCACGGCUUCCAGGACCUAGCGAGUCGAUCGGCGUGGGUCGCUGCAGAUAGAGCAAAGGCCCUCAUUCAAGGCAGCGACCUUGUCGAUGCCGGGGCAUCUGAAGGUCAAGGGCUGCGACUCCAUCCUCGCUGGAUGGAGAUGGCCACCAAGAGCAGCCUCGGUUCUCAGGGCAAGGUGUUCCAGCGUCGCACCAAGCGGCAUCUAGGCGCCCUUAUCGCCAAAACACAGUCCAUCUCGCGGCCCCAGAUGUCCAAGGCGGAUGAUGAGAUGGUACCACAUCGUCAGCCGAAAUGCUUGCUCCUCCCACACAGUCCAGUUCGGGUGUGCUGGGACCUUCUCGGCCUGGUUCUCAUCAUCAUGGACGCUUUCAUGGUGCCCAUCGCAUUAGCUUGGGACGUUGGUAUAGAGCCGGUGGAUCUUGGAAGCACGCUCAUGUGUCUCUCCUUUCUGACGGCGCUGACCUACUGGUCUUCUGAUGUUGCCAUGACCCUGAACACCGGGUUUUACUCGAAGGGUCGGCUGGUGCUGGACCGAGGGCAGAUCUUUUGCCACUACCUGACGACCUGGCUCAUUUUCGACCUCGUCCUGAUAUCGCUGGAUGUGGCCGCCGCAGUCUAUCAGUUUGCGCUGGCAGGUGUCCCGACCGAAGGCCUCGGUGGACUCGAGCCUCAAGACAUUCUGAAGAGCCUUCGGGCACUGCGCAUUCUCCGUGCUUUCAGGCUAUUGAGGCUGCUGAAAAUGAGCAGACUCAGUGUCGUCAUCGAGGAAGCUUCUGUUGCAGCGGGUCGACAAUGGCUAGUUUUGGUGGUGGCCAUUGUCAAUACCACUUUGACAAUGGUGCUCUGUGCUCAUGUCCUAGCUUGCGGAUGGUACUUGCUGGGAAGGGACAGCUUCGAUCAGAGAUCUUGGCUGGAGCUGGGUAACAUCACUGACCUCGAUGGACCGAUCCAGUACGUGCAUGCGAUGCAAUGGGUCCUGAUGCCCCCCUCCCCUCCUCCGGUGUCCAACGACAACGUGGCCGAGCGCCUAUACUGCAUUUUCAUUGUGGGCUCCACUGUGGUGAUCAUCGGUUCCGCCCUGUCAAAGAUCACAGGGACGCUUGCAGAGCUCAGGACGAUCAACUCCGAAGGAUCUAAAAGGCGAAGGGAAGUACGACAGUAUCUGCAUGCGCAGCACGUGUCUAUGGAGCUGACAUCCCGCAUCAUGCGCUUCGUGGACUACAAACUGGGAAGGCAGAGCAGUGUUGCCCUGGACGCGAGCUUGCUGUCCCCUUCUUUGGUCAUCGAGCUUCAAGUCAGCCAACGAGGUGCGCAGUUGGCGCCGCAUCCGCUGUUCGGCAUCAUUCGCGAAGCCUUCCCAGAGGUCUUUGCGGCCAUUUGCGGUGCUGUUGAAAAGCAUGUCUUCGGAAAGAUGGAGACCGUUUUCGCUGCUGAUUCUUGGGCGAAUUACAUGUGGAUUACGACGACUGGGAGGUUCCUGCAUGCCGAAGUCACCGAUGAAAUCAGAGAUGCAGGCUCUGUGGCGAGCCCAUCUUUGUCGGCAGAUGGCACCUGUCUCGAUUGGAACGUCAUCCUUGCAGGUGAGUGGUUUGCAGAGGCCGCCUUGUUUGCGGAGGCCGUCACGCACGACAGCACCCUCAGGGCGGAGACCUUUGGCGAAGCGUUCAGCCUCAAGGGGGCAGCGCUUGUCCGUACGCUGAUGAACUCUCCGGCCUGCACUGCAAUGGUUUGUGAGUACGGGAAGGACCUCCUCGCCAAGCUAAGCCAGUCGAAAAGAACUUCCGGAGAGACGAACUGCGCAUACAAAGUUGCAGAGGCCAUCUCUCACCAGUGCCUCAAGCAGAAUUCCUUCUACCAGGCCUUCCAUCCGGAUCCAAGAACUGCCUUGGAUGACUUCGAUCUCUUCCAGGAUCACCCGGCUAGCGAGUACCAGAAGGAGGACUCGACGAGAGAGGAAUCGGUCUUCGGCAACGUCAAGAACGAAGUAGCACGAAGGAUGCUUCGACGGACCGGCAAGGCAGCGACAGCGGAGCCUGCGGCCGUUGUGGUCGAGGAGGCUGCAACGGAAAACCUGAAUGAUAAGAACUGCAUCAAGCGUUCGUCCUCCAUCUUAAACGGGAAGAUUCUUAGCGAGUUGGCCGGACAGCUCGUUUCCAAGCAGGUCAGCAUGGAGGAGGCUGUGUCCUCGUUGCGCGCAUGCAUUCCCGAGCUCUCACCGCAAAAUGGCACCUAUGCCCAGUUCGAGCAGAAUGCUGAGCGGGAGAAGUCCGAGAGCUGCUGUGUGAGUUUGAUGGCGCUUCUCCUUGGCUCCUACCAGGACUACACGCAGCCACAGGGGGAGAAGGUUCGCCUUGCAGAGGCUCAGUGGCAGGAGCUGCAAGAGCUCAUUGCAUGGACCAAGCCGUCGGAGUCGGCAGUGCGCCCAGCUCUGGUGCUUCUGGCGAUCCGAUCCCUUGGCAAAUGCAAGCGUAUUGUGCAGCAGCUGCCGCAUCAGGCACACCGACCAGAGGAGGCUCUGAUCUACCUCAUCAGGAACUAUGCCAACGUGGUGCCUUCCGUGACCAGCAUGGGAGAUGAUGAGGUUGAGCUUAUGGCAGAUGCGCUGGAAGUGCACAAGGACUUCAAUCUCGCGCAGAUGCUUCAGGGAGAAAAUGUACCUGCGAGCGUCCAGCAGCUUAAGGAACUGGUUCAGAAGCUGGGCAUCAAGAUCUUCCGGUUCUACAUCCUCUUUUUGCUCGGGUUUAUGAGUGGCCUUGCUGGAGGCAAUGGCUCCAGGUUCAUGAACUCCAGAAACGCGGCAUCGGUGAUUGUGGGUAUACGGACAUUGCGCCACGUCCUCGACAGCAGUCCGCAAGCCAUAUAUUGGAGUUUCAUUGAUCUCCGUGCUCGUCAGCUGAUGCUCCCACGGAACACCCCAGAGGACUUCGCGCUCGUUCGGUUGGGCUGCCUGGCGCGAGUACAGGAUCUGGCCGGGUAUCAGUCUCUGAAAUCCAGCUGGAUGCUCCUGGGCUUGAGGGAGAGGCAGCUACUCGUGCGCCAUUUUCUGGCGGAUGGGAUCGAGUCGCAAGCUUUUCUGUGCGAGUUCCUGCCCGAUUGUGUGGGCAAGGCCAAAGACAACCGCAACGUCGGGCUCCACCUUCUUCUUGAGGUGAUGGUCCACCUCGUCGAGCACUUGCACCAAGCGAGUGCGAAGCUUCUCCUGGGCCAGCCGGAGGUCAAAAUGAUUAGCGUGGACCUCUCCGACUUUGCCGAGUUCAUCUCAGUCGUGCAGAACAGGUUCAUCUUCUCUACCUGCAUAAGCCGCAGCAAACUCUCCGUGGAAGAUUCUCGAAGAUGGUAUCUACAGAUGACCAGCAAUAACUGGUCUCGGACACACGAGAAAGACACGGACACCACCACGUUGGCCUACGGAGUCAAGGAGAUGCUGCAGCGCCAGAAGUUCUUGCAAGAAGUCAUCACGUCACCUGGCGCGUCGCCGGGUGAGGGCCAUGGAGCAUGA